AUGUCCAUCUUUCUGCGAAGUCCACUCCUGGUGAGCUGUCUGAAGACUCGCCAGGCGGCCACUCUCCUGACCGGUCCUGCGCCCCGUCAGACACUCCUCAACAAUGUCCGCCUCUUCGGCAACAACAGCGGCGCCCGCGGCACUGGCCGCGGCGCGGGCCGUGUCUACGCGAAGCAGUCGAUUGAGGUGAAGCAGUCGCCCACUCGAUCGCUGAAGGAGAUCCUCAUGCAGCCCACGGCGGGAACUCCAUUCGCCCUUGGCUCGGGUGCCGUGGCCGGCGCCUCCCUCCUCGGCAUCGGCGCACUCUGCUACUACGGACUGGGGCUGAGCAAGACUGGUGGAACGUAUGAAAAUUCUUUCGCCUGGCCGGAAUAUGUUCGCGAUCGCGUCAAGGCCACCUACUUCUACUUUGGCUCUGGGCUGGGCAUUACCGCUGCCUCCGCCGUGGCCGCCUUCCGCAGCCCCCGAAUGAUGAACCUCAUGACCCGAAACUCAUUUGGGGCAAUUCUCCUGACGAUUGGCGCCAUGAUUGGCACCUCAAUGAUCGCCCAGUCGAUUCCGUACAAGGAGGGCAUCGGCGCGAAGCAGCUGGCCUGGGCGGUGCACUGCGGCGUCGUUGGAGCCGUCAUUGCGCCGAUGUGCAUCUUCGGCGGCCCCAUUCUCCUUCGUGCGGCCAUGUACACUGCCGGCAUUGCCGGCGGCCUGUCGGCGAUCGCCUACUGCGCCCCUAAUGACAAGUUCCUCUACAUGGGCGGUCCGCUGGCCAUCGGCCUGGGCGCUGUCUUUGCAGCCUCGAUGGGAGCCAUGUUUCUGCCGGCCACCAGCGCCCUGGGCGCCUCCCUCUACUCGAUCAGCCUCUACGGAGGACUGCUCCUCUUCAGCGCCUUUCUCCUCUACGACACGCAGCGCGUCGUUCGCAAGGCGGAGACGCAUCCCUACUACAGCAUGGUGCCCUAUGACCCCGUCAAUGCGUAA